CACUCAUAGCGUUUAUGCAUGGCGUACUAUGUGCCAGGUUUUGUAGGAAUUAUUCUUAAACUUCCCAACAGCCGUCCGGGUGGUUAAGACUUUGGGCUCUGGAGUUGGGUUCCCUGAGUUGAAGCGCUGGCCCUGCCACUGAACGUCAUGGUAGCUUUGGGCAAAUUCUUUGGCUCUCUGUGCCUCAGCUUUAUCAUCCUUAGAACGAACUCAUCUUUUCUCUCUCUGUGCUGCUCACCCGCUGUCCUCGUGCAGUCUCUUGGCUUGCAUGCUCUUUAUAUGACAAUGCCUGUCUGCAGCCUGGAUCUCUCCCCUGAACUCCAGACUCAUGUGUCCAGUGGCUGACUCUUCUCUACUUGGAAAUCCAACUGAUAUCCAUGCUUUAAAAACUUGUCCCAAAUCAAACUUGUAGUUUCCCCCUUUCAGCCUCCCAAAGCUGCUGAUGACAGUUGCAUUCUUCCAGGUACUCGGGACUAAAGCCUUCGAGUUGUCCUUGACUCUUCCUUUCCCUUGCCCAUGUGCCAUCUGCCAAUCAGCAAAUCUCAUGGAUCUAUCUUUAUUUCUUUUAAAAAAGAUUUUAUUUAUUUAUUCAUGGGAGGCAGAGACAUGGGCAUAGGGAUUAUGACCUGAGCCGAAGGCAGAUGCUCAACCACUGAGCCACCCAGGUGCCCCUCUCAUGGGUCUAUCUUUAAAACAAUUCCAGAAUCCAGCCCAAUUUCACCAACUCCCUUGCUACUCCUUUGAUUCAUGCUACCACUUGCUUUUACCUCUAGUCUCUUGCAGUGGCCUCCUCCCUGGGCUCCUUGCCUCUGCCCUGAAUCCCACAGUUGGGGGUUCCUAUUAAAGGAGAAGUCGAAUCAUGUUGCUCCCUGGUCCAGGCACUCCCGUGGCUCCCACCUCACAUAGUACAAGUCCUUGCCAAACCCACAGUGACCUACCCGAUCCAGCUUUCCCUCCACUUUGCCCUCAACUCGCACCAUUCUUUCUUGUUUGCACUGCUUCAGCCACUCUGGCCUUCUCAUUCCUCAGACAUAGCAAAUCCAUUCCCGCCUGGGGAAAGUCCUUGCUGCCCUCUGGAUCACAUUCCCUCCAGAUGUCUACAUGGCUUCUCCCUCACCUCCCUUACAUCUCUGUUCAAAUGUCAAAUCCACAGACAGACCCUCACAGACCACCCAAGCUAAAAUAGCUCCUGUUUCUCCCUAGCCCCCUCAUCACCUGGUUUUGUUUUUCUUCGGUAACACUUAGCACUAUAUUAGUGUUUGUUUAUACCUACUGGCUUCUUAGACUCCCACCCCCCACUAGAGUGUUGGUUCUAUAAGAAUAUAGAAUUCAGAGCCUAGAAGUGCCCAUAGAGGCUUAAAAAGUGGUACUUGUAUUAAACCACCAUCACCACCAUUUCUGGGGUGUGGGAGGAGCACUCCUGGCGGUAUAGGGCAGUGUUGUUGAACUGAGAUAGUCUUGGAGUGGUGGGGUCAAGAUGGAGUAAUAAACUGGGCAGGUUGUGGUAUCCAAGGGCAGAAGCUCUCAGAUCUCAGUGCUCCGGGAGCUUGUAGGAAAUGCAGAUUCCUGGGCCCACCCACAGGGGUUCUGCUUCUGUAGAUCUGGGAUCAUGCCAAAGAUCCUCCAUUUUUAUCAAGCACCAGUAUUCAUGCUGAAGGUCUGCACUCCUCACUUGAAGAAACAGACCAGCUCAGAGCUUGUACUGGAGCUCUCAUCAUUAAAUUCCCCUUCUGUGGCUGGCCCUCUGCCAGGCAGUGCUGAGGACACUGGUGAUUGAGACAGCUCCUCACCUAGCCCGGGAGUCAGGGAGGGCUUCCUGCAGGAAUGGACAUUGGAGCUGGGACCUGUUGACAAAGGAGUGAGCUAAAGGAAGAGGGCCUUAGCUAUAUCUCCUGUGCCUAGAACCCCGUUUCCUGGCAUCUAGCAUAAACUCACAAGUGGUCCCCGAUCUGUGCCAGAAUGCUGAAGAUACAAGAAUGAUCAAAAUGGCUCUGCCCUCUUGGGCUUCUGGUCUGUCGACUAGCUGUCAGCUAGUUGCACAGAUGGUAAACAGCUGACCGAGUGCCAGGCACUGUUUGAAGCUCCUUACAUGUAUUAAUUUAAUCCUCACAAUCAUCCUAUGUGAGAUGGGAGCUUUUAUUAUCCUCACUUUACUGAAGGGAAAAGGCCCAGAGAGGGUAAGUGCCUUGCCCCGGGUCACAUUGUUGGUAAGUGGUGGAGCGGGAACUAAACCCAGGAGUCCCUGUCCUGCAGUGUGUGUCAUGUUUAAAGUAUGAGGCCACACCUAAGGAUUGAUGCAUGGAGGGAAAGGAGCAGAAAGUUAUGGGAGAAAACAGAAGAUGAUUGGGGAAGGGUAGCUGGGUAAUGGGUAGGGGGACCAAUGUGACAGCUCCUCACUGUAGGAUUUUAGGCAAACCUGUUUCAUCCUCUAAAAUCGGGGAUGGUUACGGCAUCUACCAGGGAACAGAAUUAAGGACAAGUCACUGGUUGAUAUGUGUACAUAGUCCUUAUUUAUCUAAGUAAAAAAGUGUUUGAGGGAGAAUAGGGGCUGAGAUUUGGAUACCCCAGAGGGUGGUGGUGGGCUGCAGUGUGCACUAUGGAGGGGUGGAUUGUGGAGAGUCCUAAAGGGCUUUUGUGGUUACGUGUUUCAGGGGAACAGUGUGGAAGGCUUUGGUCUAUAUUCUGGGGGGGAGGUGCAAGGUGAAGGGAGGGGAGUUCACUCACAUGGCAGGAAGGUGAGCUUAGAAUGGGGGCAAGGAGUCACUCAGGCCAUGCCAGUGUGUGUAUGUCGGGUUGGGGGUACACUGCAUAGGAGAAUGCAGCUAGGUCUUGGCCAGGCUGGAAUAUGUGGUGGUGGCACCUGGGCAAUGUUUUCACAUUGCAAACAAUGUGAAAUAGCCAUCAGGGUUGGGGGUUGACAGCGGUGGUGAUUUACCCAUAUCUCGUAUGAGAGUUGGUGAUGUGGAUUUGUUUUGGGGGAAGCCCAGCAUGGAGGAUUCUCGGCUCCCACCCCAGGGCGAGGGCUUUGAAAUCCAAAAUAUCCAAGGAGCGCUCUUGGGAGGAGGAAGAGCCAGGGACCCAGAUGGAAACGGAGAGGGGACUCACCGUAUUGAAAGAUGAGACGGAAAAGGGCUGGAGUCUGAAAGCUGUGUGUGCUUGGGCGUAUGUGCAAUGUGCGUGCGUGUACGUGCGUGUGUGCUGAAGCCAUGAUGUCACAAGGCAGAGAAAUGGGGUCAGGUGUGUGGGCCAGAGUGGGGUGCUGGGGUGUGCACGCGGAGCGCACGCAAGGUUGAAGUGCUGACGUCACGGGUUGGCGAGGGCGGGGCCUUGAAUGCAGGGUCAGGAAGCUGAGACGAAGAGGAGCUAGGAGAAUCUGGGGACUGGAACGAGACCAGCAACCAGGAUGGGCCACUGGUCACAGAGCAAGGAUGGAGGAUGCAGCAACACUGGCCAUGGACCAGCCAGCUGGCCUGCAGGUGGACUACGUCUUCCGGGGUGUGGAGCAUGCCGUGCGGGUGGUGGUGUCUGGGCAGGUGCUAGAGCUGGAGGUGGAAGACCGGAUGACAGCUGAUCAGUGGCGGGGCGAAUUCGAUGCCAGCUUCAUCGAAGAUCUAACUCACAAGACAGGGAACUUCAAACAGUUCAACAUCUUCUGUAACAUGCUGGAGUCAGCUCUUACCCAGAGCAGUGAGUCAGUCACCCUUGACCUGCUGACCUACACAGAUCUGGAGUCCCUGCGAAAUCGCAAGAUGGGGGGCCGCCCAGGCCCCUUGGCCUCAAGAUCAGCCCAGCUUAACUCCAAGCGCUACCUGAUUCUCAUCUACUCCGUGGAGUUUGACAGGAUUCACUACCCGCUGCCCCUCCCGUACCAGGGCAAGCCAGACCCUGUGGUCCUGCAGAGCAUCAUCCGUUCACUGAAGGAAGAGCUGGGCCGCCUUCGAGGGCUGGAUGGUCAGGAUGUGCGGGACACCCGAGAGAGCGAGAUCUGGCACCUGAGGGAGCAGGUUUCACGCCUGGCAUCUGAGAAGCGAGAGCUGGAGGCCCAGCUGGGCCGAACGCGAGAGGAGGCUCUGGCCGGCAGGGCGGCGCGCCAGGAGGCCGAGGCGCUGCGUGGGCUUGUCCGGGGCCUGGAGCUGGAGCUGCGGCAAGAGCGGGGCCUGGGACACCGCGGGGUCGGCCGCCGCAGCCAGGACUGCCGGCGCCUGGCCAAGGAGCUUGAGGAGGUGAAGGCUUCGGAGCGGAGCCUGCGCGCCCGGCUCAGGACCGUGAACAACGAGCUGGCCGUGUACAAGAGAGGGAGACGGACUUCGCCGGUGGUGCCGCCAGCGGCCCGGGAGGAUCGGGCUUUGUCGUCGCGGGAGCGCUCCACAUCGCGCGGUCGCGGUGCCGCCCGCUCUUCUUCCCGGGAGAGCGGCCGGGGGGGCCGGGGUCGAGGCCGUCCUGCCCGCCCCUCGCCCUCGCCCACAGGUAGUCGCCUGCCACGUUUCGACCCCACAGCCUUUGUGAAAGCCAAGGAGAAGAAGCAGAAAGAGAUCAAGAUGAAGCAGCAGCAGCAGCGGAACCGACUGGGCAGCGGAGGAAGCGGGGAUGGGCCGUCCAUCUCCUGGUCUCGCCAGACUCGGCCGCCCGCUGCCGUGACCCGCCGAGGAGACGCGGCUAACCGCUCCCGAAACCGCAGCUCCUCGGUGGACAGUUUCCGCAGUCGCUGCUCGUCCGCCAGCUCCUGCAGCGAGUUGGAGGAUUUCUCUGAAUCCCUUCCUAGGGGCGGGCAACGUCGUGGGAAGCCCCCCAGCCCCACAACCUGGAGUGGGUCCAACACGCAAAAGUCCACUCCUCUGGAACGUGGCCGCCAUCAGAGACGCCUGGCCAAUUCGGGGGGCUGGGUCCCUAUCAAAGAGUACAGCUCCGACCACCAGGCGGCAGACAUGGCUGAAAUAGACGCCCGCCUGAAGGCCUUGCAGGAAUACAUGAACCGACUGGACACACGGUCUUGACCUCCGCCAGGGAGCCCCGCCCCUUCCAUCCCCUACCCAACACCGCUGGAUUAGGAGUGGGGGGCGGUGCGGCGUGUCCUUCCAGCCCCGUGCAGGCUCCUCCCCUGCUGGUGCUCACCGGGUUUCAGGUGUGUGAAGCCCAGACCCCUCCCUCUGCCCCAUGCAUUGCAUGCUAGGAGGGAGGGUAUGUGCAUUUUGUAAAUAAACGUGUUUGCCCUUGGGAUCCUUCA